AUGGGGAGUGAAUAUGUACAUGUUCCCUGUGACAUUUUACCACUCGAUUGCAAGUCUUUUGACCUUCUUUCGGACGUCGAGAAGCGUUAUCUCUGCCUUCUUGAUGAAAUUGCCUGGAUCGGUGGUCUCAUUGACUUAAUUCAGCUGUCUCCUGAAGCUGCUGGCAUAUUCCUUCUAGGACAAAGUAUAUUUGAAAAGCAAACGGUCUCUGAACUUUCGGAUGCUGCUAGGUCGGCUGGCAUUAAUGAUGCCGAUAUUUCCGCAUUCGUCUCUUAUUUCGCUUCAAUUUAUGGAAACCUGGGCAACUACCUGUCAUUUGGUGACACAAAAUUUAUACCUGGUCUUUCGGAAAAAGCGUUCACAGCUAUUGUAGCAGUCAGUGACGCGUACAACCUGUCACCGGAGUUGAAAAAUGUUUUUGGUCAGGUAAUCGCGGCAAUUUAUUCCUUGCAUCCCCACCGUCUUCGCCUGGCCUUUGCUCCAGAGGGUCUGACAACAUACUACUCUGGUAACUGUGUACGCGAAGACGCCGAGAUAGUGCAGAAGUACUUGAAUGCGAAAAAAAUUGAGGGUUAUAACACUCGUGUCUUAAAAAGUCAGGAACGAAAUUGUGAUGGGAAGUUCGAGUACCAAAUUACAUUUGCUUCGUCUGAGAGCAGAAAAGAAAUUAUCACGGAUCCUUGUUUACCUAGUACCGCUGUAUUUAAGUUACGGUAUGGGGAUUUUCAAGAGCUGAUGGCUCUUCUUGUAGAGGCCAUUGAAAAAGUGAAAGAAGCUGCAUUGAAUACAACGCAGAAGUCCAUGUGGGAAGAGUAUCAGGUUAGCUUUCGGACUGGUUCAAUUGAGGCUCACAAGGAAGGAUCAAAGUUGUGGGUGUCCGACAAGCAGCCUGCUGUCGAGAGUUAUAUCGGCUUCAUCGAAAGCUAUCGUGAUCCGUAUGGUGUAAGGGGGGAAUUUGAAACUUUUGUGGCUGUCGUGGAUAAGGCCAUGUCGGCAAAGUUCCAGAAUUUGGUCUCUGGUGCGUCUAAAUUUCUUACACUCUUGCCGUGGCCCACAGCCUAUGAAAAAGAUAAGUUCCUGGAACCUGACUUCACCAGCCUUGACAUUAUCUCAUUCGGUGUGUCUGGUCUUCCCGUUGGUAUAAAUAUUCCGAAUUACGAUGAUAUUCGUCAGACAUUUGGUUUCAAGAAUGUGUCUCUUGGGAACGUCCUUAAGGCUCGUUUCCAGGAUCCAACAGCUACAUUUAUUUGCGAUGAAGACCGCGAGCUCUAUGCAACCAACGUUGGGCAGUCGUUUGAAAUCCAAGUUGGUCUUCAUGAACUUCUCGGGCAUGGAUCUGGCAAACUGUUUCGGCGGAAUGACGAUGGCACUUUCAACUUCCCAAGUUCAGUUCGCGAUUUAAUAACUGGAGGAGACAUAACUCACUGGUAUGAGCCAGGAGAGACUUGGGACUCUAAGUUUAGCAACAUUGCCUCUGCGUUUGAGGAAUGUCGGGCGGAAUGCGUUGGAGUGUACCUCUGUGACGUCGCUGAGGUUCUCAGCAUUUUCGAUGCAGAAGGAAAGUACAAUCCUGGGGAUGUGAUGUACAUCAACUGGUUAUCAAUGGUUCGUUCCGGCCUAAUGGGCCUCGAGUUUUUCACUCCGCCCACCAAUGAGGGAGAUGGUGGAGCUUGGCGACAGGCGCACUGUCAGGCCAGAUUUGCAAUUUUGAAGGUCCUCCUCGAGUGCACCCCUUCUGUGCUGAAAAUCGAAUCAGUGAAGGGCCAGGAUGGCAAACCCGACCUCCGCAUUCACCUAGAUCGUAGCCGACUCCACUCAGUCGGCAAACCAGCCAUCGGAGACUUCCUGCAAAAGCUGCAGUACUACAAGAGUACUGGAAACUCCGAAGAGGGAUGCGUCUUUUUCACGAACCACUCUACUCCAACGACUGAGCACUUGAAAUGGCGUCAGACAGUUAUUGAUCGGAGAAAGCCACGACCCAUUUAUGUGCAGCCAGUUACAUUUGAGAACCCUGAAAGUGGUCUAGUGACUCUGAAAAAUUAUCCGGGUACCGACGAAGGUAUUAUCCAAUCUUUCAUUGAUCGAUACUCCAACCGGCGACACUUUGGCCCGCGUGCACUGGCUGCCCUCAAAGCCGUCUGGGAACGUGACCAACAGUACUUUACGACGAUCCCUCUCUAA